AUGUCAUCAGAAGAUUGGAGAAGAAUAGAUAUUGACGCAUUAGAACCAGAAAACCAUUUAACCAAAGAAGAACUAUUACCAACUGAUAUUCCACCUACUUCAAUUGAUCAAAUUCAAUCAGUUGCCAGUCAAAUUAGAUCAAGUUUAUCAUCAGGUCAAUUCCAACUGGCUUUAAUAUUAGGUUUGGACAAUGUACCAUAUAUUGCAGAUGAACAAACUAAAGAAUUACACGCAAAGACUAUAUUUGAAGUAUUGUGUUCUAUUAGAAAUAACAACAACAUAAAUGACUUGACUGGAUUUGUUAAAGGUUUGAAUAAAGAACAACAAGAUGUUUUAAUUAAAUAUUUAUAUAAGAGCAUGAGUAGUGGAUACGGUCAAAAACAAGGUGGUUUAUUGUUGAAUUGGUUUGAAAAAACUGUCGAAGUUACCGGUAUUGGCUCAAUUUCCCGUUAUUUAACUGAUAGAAGAACAGUUUAG